AUGCCUACCCUCGGCUUCCUCAAGAAAAAACGGACGAGGGAUCAGGACCCUCAAGGCGCCAGUUUACCCACAAGUCCGGUAACACCCACCUCGUCCAAGCCAUUCGACAGCUCCAUCUCGACCACCCUUUCCUCGCUGUCCUCCAACUCCCAGGCGCCUUCCCACGGCGGCCAAGGACACAAGCACGAGGAUUCGGCCUCCUCCGAGGCCGCGAAACACCAGCAGAUGUAUCCCGUCACCGUCCACCCGCCCAACCAGUCGGCACCUCACCAGCCGCAUUACAACCAACAAACCGAUCAACAGAACCUGCCGAGCAUCAGCAACCUUAUCAAUCCUCCUCAGCAUGACGGUACGAACAACGGCCACUACCUAGCGCAGCCGCAAGCCCCUCAACCCAACCCGAGCCCCGGCACCGAUCCCGUCCGCCUCCAGCAGCAACAGUCCCAAUCGAUGCUGCACACCCCGCAACAGCAACAGCAGCAGCAGCACCCCGGUAUGCAGCAGCAGGCCGUCGACCAGCAGGUCCGCCAGACCAAGGGGAAAUACACGUUGCAAGACUUCGACAUCCUGCGGACGCUAGGAACGGGUAGUUUCGGAAGAGUCCACCUGGUGCAAUCCAAGCACAACCAGCGCUUCUAUGCCGUCAAGGUGUUGAAGAAGGCGCAGGUCGUCAAGAUGAAGCAAGUCGAACAUACCAACGACGAGAGGCGCAUGCUGGGCGAGGUCAAGCACCCAUUCUUGAUCACGUUAUGGGGCACGUUUCAGGAUUCGAAAAACCUGUACAUGGUGAUGGACUUUGUCGAAGGUGGUGAGCUGUUCUCGUUGCUGAGGAAGUCUGGGCGUUUUCCGAACCCCGUCGCGAAGUUUUACGCGGCCGAAGUCACGUUAGCGCUCGAAUACCUGCACUCGAGAAACAUCAUUUACAGAGAUCUCAAGCCCGAGAACCUCCUGCUCGAUAGGCAUGGACACCUUAAGAUAACAGAUUUUGGUUUCGCCAAGCGAGUGCCGGACAAGACCUGGACGCUUUGCGGUACCCCAGACUACCUGGCACCCGAGGUCGUCUCGAACAAGGGCUACAACAAAUCCGUGGAUUGGUGGUCUCUUGGUAUUUUGAUAUACGAGAUGUUGUGCGGGUACACACCGUUUUGGGACAGCGGGUCGCCAAUGAAGAUCUACGAAAACAUUCUCAAGGGCAAAGUGAAAUACCCGGCCUACAUCAACCCCGACGCGCAGGACCUGUUGGAGAAGCUGAUUACGGCCGACCUCACCAAGCGGUUGGGUAACCUGUACGGCGGUCCGAACGACGUCAAGAACCACCCGUGGUUCACGGAAGUCACCUGGGACAGGCUCGCGCGUAAGGACAUUGACGCGCCGUACACGCCCCCGGUCAAGGCCGGCGCGGGCGACGCGAGCCAGUUCGACCGAUACCCUGAGGAUCCCGAACGCUACGGCUCAAAUGGGCACGACGAAUAUGGCAAUCUAUUCACCGACUUCUAA